GAGGUGGCUGUCAAUGGAAAGGAAAGGUGUGAUUCUAUCAAUUUAGGGAAGGGGAGAGAAGAGGCUCCUUCCUUCGCAAUGAAAGUAGUACAGUAAACAUCAUGUAACCCCUUUUGUGCUUUGUGGUGAGAGAAGGCAGGAGGGGAUGUUAAGGAGAGAAGGACAGAAAGCUUUAGGCUUGCUCCAUUAUUCAUGACCGGAUGCCUGCAGUUUCAUGUAGAGACGCUCUCAGGCACCUGGUUAACGCGGCAUGAAGCCAAAGGAGCAGCUCCAUCUCAGUUAACAGCUUCAUUUCUGCCCCCCAAAACAGCCUCCCCAGUUCUACUGGCGUCCCUUGUUGCCAGCUUGAAGCCCCCCACACCACCCAAACACACACAUUUCCCAUAUCUGAGCUCCAACUGCCAAAUCCGCCCCCAAUUUUGAAUCCCACCCCCCUUUUCCUGAUCUUUGUGGGGCUUUCUUGCUCUUGCAUAAUCCAUUAGUUCCAUUUUCUCUUCUGAAUAAUUCAUCUCCCAAAGAAACAUUUCUGGGCACGUAUACUUUUUUAAGGUACAUCUUGUCUCUGGAACCUAGAGGGGCAAGGUGUGAGGAAGAGGGAGCCCUUUUCCUAGCAGUAAUAAAACCUUUUCGGGUCUGGAAGCAAAGAUCUUCUCCUUCCCACCAGCCCAAGCCUCCCAUUCUUGACUGAGUGAAUUGUGCCUGUUUGCAUUACUUGGAGAGAUCUCCUCUGGAGUACCGGCCCUUCAGAUUCUGGAUGGGCGGACGGUUUUCAAGGAGCUGCAGCUCUGAGGAUUAUGGUAAUCUCUGAGUCACCUUUAGCUGGACCACACUGAAUAAAAAGCUAGAGAGACUGAAAACUCUCCAGGAAGCAAAAAUAUUUAACAGCAUCUUCCAGAGAGAGAGAGAAAGAGAGUCCGGGAAUCUCUGGAGUGGGACAGCGUGGAAGUGAAGUGAUGGACAGAUAGAAGAAGGAAGAAGCAGCGAGGGAAAGAUACCUUGAUACAGACACAUAUAAAAUUUUAAAUAUACACAGAGAGUAUCAGAGAUCAAGUAGAGUGAAAAGAGACAGGAGAGAGCAGACAGACGACCUGACCGACUUGACUCCUCAAAGGCAGACGAGAGUGGCGGUGUCCUUGGGAAGGAGAAGGCAAAGUCACACAGUUGAAUCAACAGAAAGAGACAGAGCACGGAUGGAAUAAUAAAACACAGAGCAUCUCCAAAAGGCACAGUGACAAAGCAAAAGAAUGAGGUAGAACGAGAGAGAGAGAAAGUCUUCAGAAGGAAGAGCAGCGGAAUACACUGAAAAAUGGAAAGGCAGAGCAAAAACACCAGACCAGAUGGAAGGAGGGAGGGAGAGCAGAAGAUGAUGGAGUGGUAAUAAAUGAAGAAGUGACCCACAGACAGACCGAGAGCCCUGCAGACAACCGGAAGCAUGGCAAAGAGACUCUAGCAGGAGAAAUCGGAGGAGGUAACAUGCUGAGGGAGAAUCAGAGCGCUGAAGAAGACUGAGAGGCAGGGCGGUGGACAACACGGCUGCAAAGGAACAUCUUUCCUCCCAAACGUGCAGUAAGGCAGUCCGUCCGAAACAGAGCAACAGUGGAGGAAGGUCCGGCGAAGGGAGUGAAGAACUGGGUUGCCACCACACACUCCCAAAAAGUGAUUCUUGGGCCUGAGCUGCGUAGAAGAGCCAAGCCUUGGGGUCUGCAGCUUUGCCCCCAUGGCUCGUGCCCCACCGUCACCUCUGACCCCUAGUAACAUCCCGCGGAACCUGAGCUACAUCGCAGGCCUGUAUGAGCGAGCCUACUACCGCACCGCCCGGCCGAGCAUAGCAGAGGACUCGGGGACCGAGGGCUCUGAAUCCGAGUCGGAGAGCAGGCCCCGGAGCAGGCCCCGGAGGCGACGCCACGUCUUCGGAGGGCACAAGCGGAAAGGAAGGCGCCGGACUCGCUCGGCCCCUGCCCGGGGCAGAAGUCGGGGGGCCUCGCGCAGCCGCAGCCCCGGGACACGCAAGAGGGUUCGCUUCGCCGACUCCCUGGGCCUGGAGCUCACCAGCGUCCGCCAGUUCUGGCCCAACGACCUCCCAGAGGUGCCGGAGCGUGUCCAUGCCCAGCUGAGGCGCGACUCACUCAGCCACUUUGCCCCGUGCCUGCCUUUUUGCCCGCCUGUGAAGGAUCCUUUGAGUCUUCGGUACCUGCUGGAGCCCACCUUCCCAGACCCCCUGUCCAUGCCAGAUUUCUUACCGCGCCUCCUGGCGCAGUGCGUUCUCCUCGAAGGGGCCCGGGCCGAAGGCUCCUGUGUAUCCGGCACCAUCCGGGUCCUUAACUUAGCCUACGAAAAACGGGUCUCCGUGCGAUACACCUGGGAUUCUUGGGCUACGCAACACGAAGUUCGGGCAUCCUACGCCGCGCCUGCAGGCCGGGAUCGGGACCACGCCGACCGCUUUGCCUUCCGCCUUCCGCUGCUCACCCCGCUGGUCCCUGGGGUUGUCCUAGAGUUUGCCAUUUGCUACCUUGUGGGGGCAGAAGAGUUCUGGGACAACAACCAAGGCCGCAACUAUUGCCUGAGGCCUCCACCCUGUGUGGAUGAGGAGGAUGAGCCCCCCAGCCCCACUGCCGAUUGCUGUGAGACAGGGUGGAUACACUUCCUCUAAGGGAACAUAGAGCCAUCCCAAUAAGAUAGGAGCAAGCGCAGGAACCAAAGGACAGAACAGAGCAGAAGGGGGAACUUGCCAAAUGUCUCUGUUAGGGGGGUGCUGUGGGGUACUUGCACUGAGCCCUAAGAAUAGGGUGGGUGGCAACUAUCAAUAUGCUAGAGGCCUCAUGCCACGCUUGGGAAUUCAAAGAAACCCAAAAGAUCAGGGCAGUUUUGCAAUCAGUGGUUAAAAUCAGUUUUAAAAGUCCGCCAUCUUGAUUCAAAAUGGCACCCAAUGGUAUCAAAACAUAGGCCAAAAACGGCUCAUUGAUCUCAGGAACAAUCAUGCAAAAUGCGGUAAAAUUCAGCACAUUCUUGAAAGGUUCUAUCCGCCGUCUGGAUUCAAAAUGUCAUCUCACUGUAUCAAAAUAUAGACAGAAACCUGCUUCUUAAUCUCAAGAGCCAUUAUACAAAUUUCAGUUACUUUUUCUUAAGAAGCAUCCGAAUGCAUACCAAACUUUCCAAUAUAUAUACAUAUAGCAGAUGUAUGCAAAGGUUUGAGGUAGAUGAUUGGGGUUUGCUCCCAGGCUCCCUAGCAUGACAUUCUGCGGGCCAAAGUCUGCUAGGGAGUUUCUACCUGAGUGAUAUCUGACAAAUCCGAAAAUCAGUCUCUGAAGUAGGGCAAUAACGUUCACUACAUACCCUGUUUUCCACAAUAUACUAACUUGCUAUCUAGCUGUGAGUGCUUUCACCAGUCUAUUUCACCAAGCAAAUACUGAAUGAGAAAUAUUGAGAAAAGGUCAGGCAAAUCAGGCCUUUGUUCUCAUUUUGCAGUUAGGGAACAGGAGGUCCGAAGAGAGUGACUUGAAUUUGUUGUAAGCUAGGAUUUGAACUCAAGACUCGCACCCAGUAAUCUAGCAUUGUUCUGCUGGGGGCUCUCUGAGACUGAAAAAAAUCUGCAUAAAGAGGCUAGCCUUCAAAGUACCAUCCCCACCCCAUGUAACUUGUAUGUUGCUAAGCAACAUAUGUGCAUCUUGAGGAUCAUCAAGAGAUCCCUUCCCUUUGUUGGGGUCUCACUGGUGCCUUUACAUGAGAUUGAUCAAGAGUAAGCUAAAUACACAUACCUGAGGGAGAGAAGGAAGAAAUUCUGGCCUAGGAGUAAGAUGGAAAAGACUGAACUCUGGUGAAACAAAAGAUGGACAAUAUCCACUGCUAUAUAUCGUGGAGGUGGAUCUCCUCGGCGUCUGUCACUAGAUUCUGGGUGGCACUAAGAACAAUGAGUUUUCAUCCUGAGGACUUGUUCACACAUGCUAAUUCCACCCGCAUCUCCCUGCAUGAAUAGAUGGGAAAUGUGGAAUGUAUGAAUGUUUACAUGUAAUUGUAUUGCUGUUCUCUCAACUUGAGUGUUCUGAACUGGUUCCUUGCGCAUGUUUCAUUAUGUCGUUGUGAGAUCACUGAUCAAGCAGAGAGUAGCUGCCUGAUCUGUGUGUUUAAGCAGAGGGUGGUGUGGUAACGAACACUUGCGCCAAAUUCAUUAUCUUCACGUUGCAAAAAAAAGUAUUGUGUAGAAGCAGCACUACCCAAAAUGGUGUCCAGGACAGUUUACAGUGGUGUCACCUGGUACCACCCAUUGCUUUGGUUGAAAUGCACGGGGA